UCUGCUUCCCCCAGACAUACAUUCAUACAUAGAUCAAAGUUCCAUCAAUACAUAAUCCCUGAAAAUGAGUCGACAAUCCACAUCACAACAGCUCGUAAGACUGAUAGCUCAAGCGGUAACAGACCUUGAAGAAGACACCUCGACUCAACUUCCAGGCGCAACGACUACUGAGCUCAACUUACCAGUAGUAGCGCCAGAGGACGACUUAGAGGCCACCCCGAAACGUCGAUCGGCAAUCAGAAACUUGAAGGGUGCAGUCCAUCAAUUGCUUGCAACCCUGUUACCAGUCGGCAUCCAUGUCGAAGAGAUUUAUUAUUCGCACCUCCAGACGGUCGCAAUAGACACUGUUAUCAAAGGCCGUAUUGCAGACUUGAUCCAUUCGAUCGACCCUGAAUCCAACAAGGGGGGAGUCCACGUCCACUUGCUCGCCCAGAAGGCCGGCAUGGAUCCCCGCAAACUGACUCACAUCCUGCGCUUCCUGGCCGUGCGAAACAUAUUCUGUGAACUCAACCCUCUUCAUUGGGGAAACAACCGAUGCUCUUUGCCUCUACGGACCGAUUCGCCAAACAGUCUAUUGCACCUCUUCGUUCACAUGAGGGACUCCGUAUCCAUGCCGGCGCUCGUGGCUUUUCCAGACGUCCUCUUGGACAAUCAUGGCGGGGGCGCUUCCAGUUCGGACCCGAACGAGAGUGCAUUCCAAAGAUAUUAUAAGCCUGGCUGUGAUUAUUUCAGCUGGUUAGCCGCUUCAGAGGAUAAUAUCAAAGCCAAAACUUUUGCAAAAGCAAUGGUAGAGACAACCAGGUCCAAUGGUACGUCGGGAUCUGCACAUUAUAAAGCGUUCGAUUGGAAAGGCCUUGGCCCCAAGGGUACCCUCAUCGAUGUUGGCGGUGGGAUCGGGGCAGCUGCAUACGCGGUUUCCGCUCACCUUCCCGAAUGGAAGAUCGUCAUACAGGACCGGCCGGAGGUCAUACAGGCUGGGAAAGAGGAAUAUCGAAAUGUGGGAUCCAAGGCUAAUAUUGAAUUCGAGGAACUCGACUUCUUUCGCGAUCAACCACCCCAUCGCAUUGAAAAUGCAGAUGCAUACUUCCUUCGACAUAUUCUUCACGAUUGGCCCUCGCACUUAUGUGUGCAGAUUUUGACAAAAUUGCGACUUGCAUCCAAGCCGACGACGCGUCUUUUGAUCUGCGAGACGAGUCUUGAGCCCGGACUGAUCGAGCCAGACUCUCCGCUUCUCUCCAACGGCGGAAUGGCCACCUCUUUGUCUCAUCACUAUAACCUUAUCAUGUUAUCUCUUUUUAACGCCGAGGAGCGCAGUCGAGAAGAUUUUCAAGAACUCUUCGCUCUCAGUGGGUGGAAGUUGCAGUCAGUCACCACUCUGACAACCUUCUUGGAUCGUUUCAUUUUUGAAGGUCUACCAGAUCCUGCGUGGAAGGAGCUGUGAUCAGCCAAAUGUUUAUUCUUUCACCUCCUUCAAUAGCAUUUGUUUCUCGUUAAAAUCUUUCUUCUAUUUAAUAUAUCUAUUCCAAUGCUGAAG